CAAACUCAGUUCCAAACUAGCAACUGCCGGAAAAGGUUCUUUUUGCCAAAUAUACGAAAGCCGAAAAAUGACUGACACCGACGAAAUCGUGAACCCCAAUGAGAAUCUAAUCAUUCCCGAUUGGAUCAAUGAGAAAUACUUUGAAAGCGUACUGGCCAAGGACGAACCAGAUCAUGCAAAAGUAUUAAAAUUUACCACAGUUGCCGCUAUUAAGCCGGGUGAAAACUUUACUUCCACCAUGCUGAGGAACUACAUCAAAUUGGAAAUGAAAGAUGGAAGUGUGAAGACCAAGACAUAUAUUUUUAAGACAAUGCUGCCCGAUGAGCGAGGGGGCAACGACAUCACCGAGUUUGGGCUCUUUCCCAAGGAGGCCAAGAUGUACGAAACAUACCUCCCUGCGUUCGAGGCCCUCUAUAAAGAUGCCGGGUGGAACAUUCAAUUGGCGCCCAAGUGUCUGCUAACUGAGGAGCGUGAAGGGGACAUCCACUUCAUCUUCGAGGAUCUGAGUGUGAAGCAAUUCCGGAACGUGGAUCGCACGGAAGGACUGGACAUGGAGCACAUGACGAAAUCUUUGCAAAAACUGGCCGAGUAUCAUGCGGCCAGUGCUGUGUACGAGGAGUUGCAUGGUCCCUAUCCCAGUGAUUUCAACGAAGGAUUUGUCAAGCCGGAUGUUAAAAAGUUUCAUGUGGAUGGAUUCAACCUGAAGGAAAAGGCCUACAAGAAGGCAAUGCUUACUUGGGGCAUGAAAGACGCAGAGAAAUAUGUUAAGGACUUUCCCACUACCGACCAGUAUUGGGCCCAAUGCCUGAGCACCUUGAAGUUGGAUCCCACUGAAUUCCAUGUGCUCAACCAUGGGGACUUUUGGUCAAGCAAUUUGAUGACCUCCUAUCUCCCGGAUGGCAGUCUCGAUCAGCUCAUCCUCAUCGACUUCCAGAUCGUGACGUGGGGAAGUCCAGCCAUGGAUCUGCUCUUCUUCCUCACCCUCUCGCCCGCUCAAGAUUUGCGUAUCAAGGAGUUUGAUCACUUCGUAAGAAUCUACUGGGAACGCCUAAUCGAGUGCCUAAAGGUGUUGAAACUGAAAAAGCCAUUGCCAAAACUACGAGAUCUUCAAAACUCCAUAAACAAGAAGCACCAUUCAUUUUACGCUUUCUUCAGUAUAUUGAAUCACCUGCCCAUAAUUCUGUUCCCCACCGAUAAGGACAGCAAUCUGCACAACAUGACUGCUGAAACAGAGGAAGGCGAAAAUCUUAGGCUACGCUUGCUAGCUAAUCCCGCCUUUGCAAAUGUUAUGAAGGAUCUAUAUCCAUUUUUGUAUAACCGCGGAAUUUUAAACUUUGAAGACUAUGAUGUUUGAUAUUUGAUAUAUAGCUGGCAAUAAACUGCAGACAGGUAUUAUGAAAUCAA